CCAGUACAGCAGGUGGUGGUAUAUGCAGCUUCCGUUGGAUGCGAUCUGCUUUCCUAAAUCAAAAGAAGAAUUUGCACGAGUAGGUAUAGGAGCGGUUGGUUUAAUCGUUUUCAAGACAACAGGAACUUUUCAGGAAUUACGAAAUGAGGGAGGACAAACUCAGCCUGCUGCUCUCCUUCGACACUGAGCUCAAACAAGAGUCACUGGAUUCUGAUUGUGAAGCUCAGUGGGCAUUGGGGGAUUCAGAGAUGACAUCAGUAAAGCUGGAGGACAAAAGUCAAAUACUCGGACUGAAUGUUACCAUUAAAGAUGAAGAGGAGGAGAAGAAUGUGUUUAUCAUUAAUAAUGGAGAGGGAGAUUUACUCACUCAAGAUGGGAUUCCUGAAGUGGAGACUCAUGGAGAGAAACAGCAGGAAGACUACAAUCAUAAGAAGUCUCACUACUGUCCCCACUGUGAAAAACAUUUCUUAUCUCUGUCAAAGUUAAAAAGACACAUUAUGAUACAUACUGGAGAGAAGCCUUACUCCUGUUCUGACUGUGGGAAGUGUCUUCUUUCUUCAUCUGCACUUAUUGUUCAUCAGAGAGUGCACACAGGUGAGAAGCCUUUUUCCUGUUCUGACUGUGGGAGGACUUUCUCUCAGUUAGGUGGCUUUAAAGCUCACCAGCGCAUACAUACUGGAGAGAAGCCUUACUCCUGUUCUGACUGUGGGAAGGGUUUCAUAUCAUCAUCUGGUCUUACCAGUCAUAAACUACUGCACACAGGUGAGAAGCCUUACUCCUGUUUUGAUUGUGGGAAGUGUUUCUCUCAAAUAGAUGGCCUUAAAUGUCACCAGCGCAUACAUACUGGUAAUAAGCCUUACUCAUGUUCUGACUGUGGGAGGAGUUUCUCUCAGUUAGGUAGCUUUAAAGCUCACCAGCGCAUACAUACUGGAGAGAAGCCUUACUCCUGUUCUGACUGUGGGAAGUGUUUUGUCUCAUCAUUUCAACUUACUAGACAUCAGAUAGUGCAUACAGAUGAGAAGCCUUACUCCUGUUCUGACUGUGGGAAGUGUUUCUCUCAAUUAGGUUACCUUAAAGUUCACCAGCGCAUACAUACUGGUGAUAAGCCUUACUCCUGUUCUGACUGUGGGAAGUGUUUCUUAAGAUCAUUUGAUCUUAAUACUCAUAUUAGAGUGCACACAGGUGAGAGGCCGUAUUCCUGUUCUGACUGUGAGAAGUGUUUUAUAUCAUCAUCUGAACUUACUAGACAUCAGAGAGUGCAUAAAGGUGAGAAGCCUUACUCCUGUUCUGACUGUGGGAAGUGUUUCUCUCAAAUGAAUAGCCUUAAAUGUCACAUGCGCAUUCAUACUGGUGAUAAGCCUUACUCCUGUUCUGACUGUGGGAAGGGUUUCAUAAGAUCAUCUGAUCUUACUAUUCAUAUAAGACUGCACACGGGUGAGAAUCCAUAUUCCUGUUCUGACUGUGGGAAGUGUUUUAAGACAUCAUUUAAACUUACUAGACAUCAGCGAGUGCACACAGGUGAGAAACCUUUCUCAUGUUCUGAUUGUGGGAAGUGUUUCUCUCGAAUGGAUUGCCUUAAAGCUCACCAACGCACACACACAGGUGAGAAGCCAUUCUCCUGUUCUGACUGUGGGAAGAGUUUCGCUCAAUUAGGUAAUCUUAAAGUUCACCAGAGCAUACAUACAGUACAAUAAUAUUGAACAUUUAACAGAUUUGUCAGAGUGGAUAAGCCAGUGUUUUACAACAUCAAGUAGUUUUUUCUGGAAAUGACCUUGAAGAAGAGUCGUCUGAAUACCCAGGAAGCACCCCCCCCCCCAUCCCAGGGGCCACACCCUUCCCAGGGCACUAAAUGUCCAUUGUAAACGAUCCUUUCAAGAAAGAUAAAAGGUUAUACUCAGUUCAAAAAGAGAUCUCUUCAAAAGAUUAAUGGAGCCCUUUGAUAUGUAAUUAUUGCACCUGCACAAGGAUAAAACUGAGUUUUUGGUUGUCAAAUCACUUUUUUCCACCAAUUUUAUUUAUUUACCCACUUUUAGUCCAUGUGCAAGAAUAAUUUAUGAAUGUAUUAAUAUUAAUAAAUACAUGUAUAAUGAUAGAAAACGGGUUCAUUUGUUAGAUAAACAAGGAAAGACCGGAAAGAUGGGCCUUUCCAAGGACGGACUGGAUUCAUGUGAAGGAGAUUUGCACACAGUUGGCUACUUUGUUUGAGUGGAAAGUUAUUAGAACAGAGCCUGGAUGAGUAGCAAGCUUGGUCGAUGACUGAACAGGAGUGUGUUAAAGGAGAAAUGCAGACUGUGUUGGAGUUGGGUACUUUUGUCAGUUGAUCAGAGACUGAUGCCCAGCUGCCUAGGAGUGAGGAAGCCCCCAAGGUCAUGGGGUUACAUCAUAUCCUGGAGGAAACUUACAGAAGGAGUUGGAGGCAUUAAAGUGAGGAACAGUAGGAGGGGUUGGGUUGUUCGUAUCACUUUAUAUUGGAUGUAUGUUUCUUAAUUUACAAUCCUUCUAUAUUUGCAUACAUUCUGUAUGUUGGUAUGAACUAUUGCCUGAA